AUGUCAAAACGCUUGGGCCCGCUGAUCGGACUGCUGAGCCAGAUCUGCUUGUUGGGCGGCUGCUUGUUGAUCACAUACGUGAGGUCGCCAACAGACAAGGUCAUGACCCCCAGAGAAAGCUCGACAUCAAGCUGCGGGAAGGUCUCGGCGAGCUCCUCCAACUCGUCGCUAAGACUUUCCAAGUACGUGUUGGCCGCCCGGCUGUACUCGUUGUCCGAGAGCGGAUCGAUGAGCUGCUCGACGUGUUCGCCCGAUGUGGAUACGGCGGAACGAACAAAAAUGGCGGUGGGCCGGGGCAAGCGGCGGCCGGAGUUAAGCGGCAAAAGAAGCAGGCGCCGAGAAAGAACAAGCGUGCGGCCGGAGAUAAGACGCCGCGGCACAAGGCGGAAAAGGCUGCUCAUGUUGAAGGUGUGGUUUAGUAGAGCGGCGAGAAGUGUGGAGGUAUGCGUGGGUCACGUGAUGACGUCUGGAGAAAAUGUUUCAGAGGGUAUUCAUUUAGAUAAAGCUUAG